CGCCAUCUACCACUCUACAAGAACCCAUUCCCUCCCUCACCGUCUCUACUCUUCCUUUUGUAUAAACCUAAAAUACCCUUCUCUUUCUCUCUCUAAAAGCCUCCUCCUUUCUCUGACUAUAACACAUUUUCUCUCUGUACUUUCUCUCUGCUUUCUCAUCUCAGCGUUGAGAAAACCAGUGUUCCUUUCUGUUCAUUCAAGCUGGCGAUCGAGAAUCAAGACACCACGGUCAGAGAAAUCAAGCCCAAGAGCAGGAGAAUCAUGGGUGCUGGAGGUCCUGACGAGGAGGACAACAGGUGGCCGCCAUGGCUGAAGCCUCUACUGAAAGAGAACUUCUUUGUUCAAUGCAAGCUCCAUGCCGAUUCCCACAAGUCUGAAUGCAAUAUGUACUGCUUGGAUUGCGUGAACAGCCCUCUCUGCUCUCUCUGCCUCUCUAACCACAAGGACCACCGUGCUAUUCAGAUAAGGAGGUCGUCUUAUCAUGAUGUGAUAAGGGUUAACGAAAUUCAGAAGCAUCUGGACAUCAGUGGAGUCCAAACCUACAUUAUCAACAGCGCCAGAGUUGUGUUUCUGAACGAGAGGCCUCAGCCUAGGCCCGGCAAAGGAGUCACAAAUACCUGUGAAGUCUGUGAACGCAGCCUCCUCGAUUCCUUCAGAUUUUGCUCUCUUGGUUGCAAGAUUGUGGGGACGUCAUCCAGUAAUCCCCAGAAGAAGAAGAACAAGUACUCCAAGGCAAUGGCGGGUUCCGAUUCAGAUGACUCGUACAGCAGCAGCAGCCACGGAAUUGCAAGGUUCAAAAGCAAUAGCCACCACGGCAACAACAAAGUUCAGAGCUUCACUCCAUCAACGCCGCCCCCAACUUCUGCUAAUUACAGAGCGGCCAAGAGACGGAAGGGCAUUCCCCACAGAGCCCCCAUGGGUGGACUAAUCAUAGAAUACUGAGACUCUCUCUAGCCCUUGUACUUUUAGUUUAUUACCUUUAUACCUCACUUAUACCGCGAGUUUGUCACAAACGCCCCUCCAAUAGCUUGAGCCUCUUUCUCAAAGAGCCUUGUUUUUGGAGAAAAUUAGAAAAACGCCCACUUCGCUUUCUGGUAUUGUACAAAGAAGCCAUAUGGGAACAAGUGCAAGUGUUGGAAAAGUAGACAAUAAGACAGCAACAAAAGUGGACGACUGGGGAAGAAACUGUGGAGGGUUCUAGAAAUAUAAGAUUAUACAUAAAGUUUUGGGGGUGAAAUUGUAAAUAGAGGGUUGUUUGGGUGGGCUAUUUAGAGUUUUAGAGGUAGGGAAAAAGUCAAUGUACUCCUUUGGGAGGAGGUGGGGGGAUGUCUAUAUGUGGAAAGUGAAAUAAUAGAUUUUGUAUUUUGUAUUUUUA